CUGGGCACGCGGCCCGACGAGGCGGUCGUGGUGGCUCGGCUGGGCACCGCGUGGACGUGGUUCUUGUUCAACUUGAUUCCUCCGUUUGUCUGGGUCAAAUCUUGUAAUCAAAAUUUCGUCCACUUCCCGUUGUCCAAUCAAUUCCACAUUUUGUACACGUACUCAGAUCCGAUGACAAUGCAUGCCUGUAUCAAAAUCGGCAUCAAUGUGUAGGUCAAAACGCCGCGGUCCCUAAACUCUGGAAUCAGCUCGCACAAAUCGCAGGCGCCGCGUGUCUCAGGCGCUAGUGACGCACUUCUCAAAGGCCGUGAUGACGACUGCCUGUGUUGCGAUCGAAACGUCGCGAUUUGUUCUAUAUUAUUUCUAGCUACGUGACUUUACCGAAAUAACCAAAGAGUAUUAAACGAAGUUGUUAUUAAAACCAGCUCGUCAAGGUACCUGGUGUUGGAGAAGCUGGAUAAGGCAACAUCGAAGCGGAUACACAUCCUCAGCUCCUUUUACACCAUGCUGACUUACAAGAACUGCUCACAAAAGACGUCCGGCCUCAAGCUUCCCCAUCAGAGGCACUCGCGCGUCAACAGCUGGACGCGCAACGUGGACAUCUUUAGUAAAGAUUUCGUCUUUGUGCCAGUGAACCAGUGCUCCCACUGGUUCCUGGCCGUAAUUUGCUUCCCUGGGCUCCAGGAAAAGGAGAUGGCAAAGGAGGGGUGCAGGCCCUGCAUCUACGUCUUGGACUCAAUAAGGGGCCCAAGUUACAAGAACGUUGCCACGAUGCUGCUGCCGCUGCAAGAGUGGCUGCUUCACCAGGCGGUGCAGGUGCCACCUUGCUGGCUCUGCAUGCGAGGCGGGGCGCUGCAAGAGUGGCUGCCGCGAUGAUCGGUGCGGGUGCCACCUUGCUGGCUCUGCAUGCGAGGCGGGGCGCUGCUGGUGCCGCCCCAAUUGCCGCAACCGGUGCGACACGACGGAGAGCCGGGACUCGUCGCGGGUCACGCGCACGCACGGGGUGCCGCUCGAGGAGCCCAG